GCCGAGGACCCGGACGAGGCGGACGGCCUGCAGGACGCCUUCGGGGGCUUCGACGAGGACAUGGCCGAGUGCCUCGGGCACGAGGGCGUGGUGAGCGGCUACUGCCCCGCCGAGGAGGAGGGCCAGUGGUCCGUCGAGGUGACAAUGUCAGAGGAGCAGGCCGGCCUCGCUUUCGAGUGGAACCCGGUGCUGCUGCAGGGCCCCUCCGCCGACCAGGGCGCGGGCGCCGCCGAGGGCUCGGUCAGCGUGGUGCGGGGCGACGAGGAGGGCCAGGCGACAGACGUCUGCGUCGGGGACGCGGUCGCGGUCGAGGACGGCGACUCCUGGUACGUUGGUCGCGUCGCUGUCGUGAACGCGGACGGCACCUUCCACAUCAACGCAGUGGAUGGCCAGAGGGAGGAGAGAGUGGCCAAGGCGCGGGUCCUCGCGGUCAAGGGCCUGCAGGAUGCAGCCCCGGCAGCGGCGGCGCCGCCGUCUCGACCGGCCCCGCCGUUGGAGCCGCUGGCGGAAGGCAUGAUCGUCCGCAUGCUGGACGACGAGGCCGAGGCCAUGAGGCUCCACCGCAGCGAGUGGGACGACGGCAUGCGCUCCUGCCUGGGGGAGCUGGGCUGCGUAGUGGCGCUCCGCCGCCACGGGCCGCGCUCCGCCACGGGCGACGCGCGCGCCGCGGUCAUGUGCCCCGCGACGCCCAGGUCGGAGCCGCGCUGGUGGAACGCGCGGUGUCUGAGACCAGAGCCCACGCAGGGACUGCACUGCGACCUACAUGAGCACCCGCUGAUGUGGUGGUCGAGCCUCCGCUCGCCCCACACCUGCGACGCGCCCGGCUGCGGCAGGAGGCGACUCUGGGAGGCCUUUCGGUGCCCGAAGUGCGACUUCGACGUUUGUGCGCGAUGCGCCGCGCCCUACAUGAAGUGGGGCGGUUCGGACAUGGUGCGCCAUAGGUGCCACCUCCACCCCAUGGCCGCCGUCUUCCUGCCCGGUGGCGUCAGGCGUGCCGACGGCGCCGAGCAGUUUUCCGCUGGCGACAGGGUGGAGGCAUGCUUCUCGAACGGCCGCUACUAUCGCGCCACGGUGAUCCAGGUCUGCGAGGACGGGUCCUACACGGUGGACUGGGAGGACAAAGACAGGCGCGACCGUGUGAAGCGGGGCUCGGAGAUGCGUCGGCCGCAGGGUGGCCAGGCCGCGUCCCGGGACGCGGCGCCUGGUCAGUGGGGAGCGUGCGCGGGCGAGCUGAUGCCCGGCGGCUGCCGAGGGACGCCAGCGGUUUCAUCGGGCGCCCGAUGCCCGCGCACCAGGCUGCUCGUCUGCGACGGCUGCCUCGCAGACCCGCAGUUCGGGGAGGCGACGCCAGAGACGAGACGCGCAGACGUCGCGGGGCUGCCCUCGUCUGCCCCGCGGAUCCUGGCGGCGCUGCGGGCGCACCCGAGCGAGAUCUUCGCCCUGGAGGAGGCGGGGCUCUUCGACCGGGUGGCCUCCAGGCUGGAUGCCCCCGCCGCGCGGGGGCUGGCGCUGGAGCUCGGGGCGUGGCUGGGGUCGUGCGUGGGUUGGGCUGGGCGCCGGGCGAGCGCGGAGGAGCUCCUGGCUGCGGGGCCGGCGCUGGUGGACACGGGCUGCGGCAGGUGGGCGGAGACCCACGUCGUGGCACGCUGUGGCGCAGCCCCCGGCGGCGCCGCUGCCAAGGGCGCGGAGUCGCAGGAGGCCGCCGCCGGCGACCGCCCAGCGGCCGCCCCGGCAGACGCCACUCCGAGCGUGUGCGUGCUCGCGUGGGCGGGCGCCGAGGCCGGGCCGCCCGUCCGGCGCCUCCCGCUCUCGCGGGUGCGGCCAGCCCUGGGGGCGACGACGCACGGUGGCCACGGCUUGGCUGCAGCGGCGCCGAGGCCUGCGCAGGGCAGCUUGCUGAAGGAGCUCCGGAGGGGGCCCGACAGCGACGAGGGCGCGGUGCGAAGGCUCCUGGACGAGCGCGGCGACCUCCUUCGUGCGGAGGGCGACCCCGAGGCGCCCCUCGCGGUGGCGUUGAAGGCGCAGUGCUCCCAGCGCGUGCUGGAGGCACUGCUGCUCGCGCACGCACCAGCUUAUCCACCGUCUGAGGAGGCGGCCGAGAGAAGACCGGUGGAGGCGGCCUCGGCGGCCCCAGCAGCAGGCGCUGGGGAUGCAGCUGGCGACAGCGCCUCCCCGGCGGAAGGUGGGGGAGAAGGUGACGCCAGCGCCGCAGCCAAGGCGGCGGCCACCGCACAGCCGCCGACGGCGGAUGAGCACGACCCGCUGCGGCGGCUGAUGGAGGCCUCGCCGCGCCUCGCCAUGCUGCUGGCGGAGAGGUCCCCCGCCCUGGCGUCGCUCGCGCUGGAGGCCGCCCUCGCGGCCGCGCAGGCCAUGGAGGAGGCCCUCCGUGCCGCGCUGGCGGAGUGCGCCUCCCUGGGGGUGCCGCCGCCGCCGGAGGUGUGGCCCCGGGGCUGCGUGCUGCCCUUCGGGGGCUACUACGCCGCCAACUUCCGGGACACCUCCUUCACCCUCCAGCCCCUGCUGGCGAAGUUCCCGCCGAGGGUCACCGCGCGGCCAGCGAGCUUGUCGCCCUUCGCCUCCUACUACGAGUCUCACUUCAAGGAUGGCGGCGCCGACGCGGCGGAGGCCGUCCUGAGGAGGUUCGCGGCGGGGGAGGCCGCCGCAGCGGCCGAGGCUCCUGCCGCCAGGGGGGCGCCGGGCGCGGCCCCGCCCGCGCCGGCGGAGGGCGACGAGGCGGCCUCCGCGGAGUCGCUUGCGGGCGGCGAGCCGAAGGAGGCGGCCUCGCCCGCGCCGGCGGCCGAGGAGGGCCGCGGCGGGGCGGCGGGCGACGCGCUCGCGAGUCGCCUGGCGCUCGUGGAGGACCGGCGCCACCCGGCGCGCGCCGGGCCGCUUGCCGCAGAGGGCGCCCCGCGAGCACGGCCGGCCGUGCCCGGGUCGGCUCCGCGCAAGAGUGGUCGCCGGGGCGCCCAGCUUGUGGCGAGCUUAGGCGUCCUGAUGUCUGUCGCUGUCCUGCCCUGCUUGCCACCUGUCCUGGCCGUCGGCCUCGCUGAGAAGCGGAAGGCGUUCGCGGAGUCGGAGGCCAGGCGCAAGGAGCAGGAGGAGCGAGACCGGCGCGCCGCCGAGAAGCGCGCCAGGGCAGCCAGGGCCGCGGCGGCGGACGCGAGGGCUCGGCUGAUGGCCGCCCAGGGCUGCGCGCAGGCCGCCCGCCGCAUGCUGGAGCCCAGGCCGACUGGCGAGCUGGAGCCCCUGGUGCGCCGCUUCGGCGAGCGGCUCCUCGCCCCGCUGCUUGGCGGCGAGGGGGGCUCGUGCGCACUGGAGCUCGGCGGCAGGCACGGGGGCUGGCUUGGGUCGCUCCUCUCGGCCGGCUGUGCCGUUGACGAGGCGCACGUGGACCGCCUCGCCGCCGCGGUCUCCGCCCGCAUCGCGGAGGGCUCCGGCCUCGAGCGGCGCGAGGCCCUGGCCUUCGCGGAGGCACUCCUGGGCGGCCCGCCGCCGAGUGAUGGCGACGGCGGCGCGGAGCCCGCGCGCCACGUGGAGCUGCUCGCCACUGCGCUGCGGCGCCACGGGCUGGUCGCCCAGCUGGAGCGCUUUGCGGUGCCUGGCGCCGUGGCGUGCCCAGCGGCCAGCCCCGGGCACCGGCAGGCGCCGGGCGGCGCGUGCCUCCGGGAGCUCAAGGUCGCGGCGCAGAGGCUGCUGUCGUGCCUGCUCGCCGCGAGCACCCCCAGCGGCAGGUCCCUGGCCGAGGCCGAGAGGCCGGCCGUCGCGGCGGUGGCCGCUCUGCCAGACCCCUCGGCGCUGGAGGCUUUGACGGCGCUCGUGCGGGAGGGCAAGUGCACCCCCUUCGAGCUGGGCACGCUGGGCGCCCCGCAGAAGCUGCUGGCUCUGCUGGAUCAGCCCAGCGUGUGGCCCUGGGGGCCAACGGCGCCGCCGCCGAUCCCCCCAGCUUCGGCUGAGGUCUUGGUUCCAGCGCUGCAGUGGCUGCUUGGACUCUGCGAGACCCUGCCAGUGGCGGCCGCUGCCGGCGAAGGAACCGGCCUCGUGGACUGCCUGGUGCGCCCGCUGGACCUGUUGCUGGAGAGCUCCAGCUCGGAGGACCGGUCACUGCUCGUCGAGCCGCUACUGACGCUGAAAGACCUGGAGCGCUUCGUGUUGCAAACGACGCCCGUGGAUGACGAGGAGUACCUGGCCUGGUGCCGCAGCGUGGUCGGGCGGCGCAUCUUGGAGCGCCCUACAGGCGGCGUCGCCGAAUGGCGCACCGCCACUGUCACAGCCUUCGCGGUGGAGUCCCGACUGCCGGUGCACACCGUACAGUACAGAGAGGCCGCGGACGAGGUCAAGUUGCUGCUGCACCUCCGGGACUGCUCGCUGCUGCCCUGCGCGGAGCAGGAGCCGCCAGCGACCAGCUUGGCCGCGGGACUCUGCCCUGCGACCGAGGAGGCGGUGCCAGCCCGAGAUGCCGACGCCGCAGGCGAGGCUGCAGAGGGGGCCGGGGCGGAGUCCGCGCCUGCCGACGGCGGGCCUGCGGAGCCAGAGGAGGCCCAGACCGCGAGUCGCGACGAGCUGGUCCACAAGCUCAUGCUCAACAUGGCCGAGGUGGAGGCACAGAUCAUCCCGUUCGAGAUCGUCUGGCUGGAGAUGCUCGACAGCGGCGAGCAGCUGAGGCAGCUCAGCUCGGGCGGCAGCUGGGCGUCCCUGGGCUGGCAGAGCGGCGACGACCUGCGGGAGGCGCUGCAGUGCGGCCUGGAGGCGAGGGGCCGAGGCCCCGUCGCGCGGGGCCUCAGCCGGCCGCAGGCCGAGGCACUGCAGGCCCGCAUGGGCGAGCUGGCCGAGGCGCUCUCCAUCGUGGUGGACCGGGCGGACGUCCCCGCGGGGCGCGCCGCGCGGCCGGCCCCGCCGAGGCCGCCGCAGAGGCGGAGGCUGGAGAGCCGGGCCGUCUGCCGGCGGGUGCAGGUGGAGCGCGAGGGGGCCGCGGUGGCCGGCGUGGCCGUCUGGGAGCACGAGACGGGCGCCCUGGACGUCGUGGACCCGGAGGGGCGCUUCCUGCCGCGGGUGCCCCCCGAGAGGGCGGCGCAGGCCUCCCGGCGCGCCGGGCGGCCCCCGGGGAGCUCGCUGCCCCUGGACCUCUCCGUGCUCGGGCUCACGGCCGGCACGCCCGGCGGGGGCGGGGCCACGGGCAGCAGCGCCGCGCAGUGGCAGUUCGAGGGCGACCGGGGCUGGACGAGGUACGAGCGCGAGGCUGAGCGGCGCAUCGAGGAGGCACACCAGAGGGGCGACGAGACUGUCACGGUCACCGUUGGGCCUUCGCGCUACGAGGUCAACCUGCAGGCGAGCAUCCAGCGGGUCCUGACGCACCCCGGGCACCGGGAGCGCCGGGUGCAGAGAGUGCUGAGACCCGCCGGCGACGGGGGCGCCCAAGACCGGGCGCAGCGGCUGGCCUUGGAGAGGUCCUUCAGCGCGGUGGACAGGACUGAGCAUCGUUUGACCGAUCCCUAUCCCUCAUUGCGCGGCCUGGGCCUCAAGUUUACCUCCCUGGAUAGGGAGGUAGGCUGUUCCGCUGUUCCCUUCGGGUUUCGAGGGGAUAUCCCCAACUGGGGCGCUGAGAUCGUCGGGAUCGGGAUGGGGAUGGGGAUGGGGAUUGGGGUUGGUUAA